CUCAAAAUCACAAGAUCUAAUUAGAACAAAAGAAUGAAAAUGACAAAAAUACCCUCCUCGAAUCUCACCACUCGUUUUUUAUUCUCCAUCACUCCAUUUCUUUCUUUUUCACAAUUGCAAUCUCUCUCACUGUAUCUCUCUAGUCCAUAAUCCCAAUUUCUUCAAUCUUUUCUUCAAAUAAUAAAAAAUGUCGUGGCAAACUUACGUCGAUGACCAUUUGAUGUGCGAUAUCGAUGGCAAUCGCCUUUCUGCGGCUGCUAUUCUCGGCACUGAUGGCAGUGUCUGGGCUCAAAGUGCUUCUUUUCCUCAGUUUAGGCCAGAAGAAAUCGAAGCUAUUGUGAAAGAUUUUGAUGAGCCUGGAACCCUUGCACCCACCGGGCUGCACCUUGGUGGAACCAAGUACAUGGUUAUUCAAGGUGAACCUGGGGCUGUUAUUCGUGGGAAGAAGGGUCCCGGUGGCAUUUGUGUUAAGAAGACUGGUCAAGCUUUGGUUAUUGGUAUAUAUGAUGAGCCUGUUACUCCCGGUCAGUGCAACAUGAUUAUUGAGAGGCUGGGUGAUUACCUCAUUGAGCAGGGUCUCUAAUUAGUUUGGUUAUAUUUACAUAUUUGCUUGGCGUACACAAACGAGAUUGGUGUGGAUUUUCUUCUCUGUAAACUCGAGAUUGGCUUUCUAGUGUGAACUAUUUAUCCUUUCUUCUUUUUCCCUUAAAGGGUCUAUGUUAAAUUUUCUGGCGUAAGAUCAGAAGCUCUUGAUAUCUUUUGUAUGAAUUGUUUGCUUUGAUCUUUGAGAUAGUCGAUCCAUACAGCGGCUUAUGUCUUGGAAUAUGGAAUAAUAUUUGUGCAAAUGGCUUUUAAUGUCAAUCGCGUUCUUUGUAAUGCAGUCGGUUGAAGAAAA